GCCUGUAGUCCUCACGUUCGCGUCCAUCAACACGAAAAUUCUCCUACAAGUGGUUUUAUUAUAGAAAUUGAUGAUUUUUUACUAUAAGCUUACUUCUACUCCAUGCAACACAAACGUUUUCUCAGCUUCACACAAUGCCAUUAUGUGAAUUUUUAUCUUAUACAGCAAACAAGUGUUUUCGUGACUUCGUGGUCAAACAUAACCUAAAAUCUGGGCAUGUGAAAAUAGUAUAAAAUUGUGAGGUUUUGUGAUUACACUAUUGUGUUGAACCUGUUCAUAAAUGUUUGAUAAUUGUGCAGUUUUUGGAAGAUUUGCAAAAAUAAUUAACUCAAUAGUACAGUUUAAAAUUUUGGCGGGCUGCUCAGGCUACACAACCUAAGAAACGUAAUUUUUCUAAAUAAUAGGAUUUUUCUUAGAAAUUUUCAAGAUUUCUGGUUGGUCACUUGUUCAGUUACUGCGCGUUUUUCCCGGUACUUUUAGGUUGUGUUUGUUUGUGUAAAAACUACUUGUUUACGGAAAAUAAGCAAAAAUGGAUCUUCCAUAUCGUGCAGAAUAUGCGAAAAGUGGAAGAGCAAACUGUCGUGGGUGUAAAUCACCCAUUGGACAAGGCACCCUGCGACUGGCAGUCAUGGUCCAGUCUCCAUUUCACGAUGGAAUGGUGCCAAACUGGUACCAUUAUAGUUGCUUCUUCAGCAAACAACGUCCGAAAUCAGAAGACGAGAUUUACCACUUUGAAUCUUUACGACUUGAAGACCAAAACAAAAUUAAAGAAAAGUUGUCAAAUGCGGGAUCAGUGGUAGUACCUAAUAAGAAAGUUAAAGGUAAGAAAAGAGACGCAGCAGCCAUCGCCCAGAACAAAACCGCCCUUAAAGACUUCAAAAUAGAAUAUGCCAAAUCUGGUCGAGCUACUUGUAGAGGCUGUGAACAGAAAAUACUGAAGGAUGAGAUAAGAAUUUCAAAAAAAGAUUUUGAAACUGAAGUUGGUAAAAAAUAUGGAGGACAGGAUAUGUGGCAUCACGUGACAUGUUUUGCACAAUUAAGGGCUGAAUUGGGGUAUUUCGAGUCUGCAGACCAACUGCCUGGCUUUAAAACGUUGAAAAAAGACGAUCAGGCGGAGUCUAAAAAACAGUUACCUGCCAUUAAGCAAGAAGACGUUCCCGAUAUUAAAAAAGUUAAAAAAGAAGAGGAUACUGUUGACGGAUUUACGGACGAGCAGUCGAAAUUGUACAAACAACAAAUUGAACUUAUCUUUAAAUAUAGAGAUCAGUUGGAGAAAAAUCUCAAUAAGGAAGAACUUGCUUUGUUGUUGCAACAUAACAAUCAAGAUGUUCCACCAGGCAAGGAUAGGAUUUUAGAUUGCCUCGCUGAUAUUAUGACUUUUGGUGCCUUGGAACCGUGCUCCGUUUGUAAGGGAGGACAGUUGGUUUUUGAUAAAUUUGGUUAUAUUUGUAAAGGAAACUUAACUGAAUAUACGAAAUGCCACACUCAAGUGAAGGAGCCACCUCGCAAACCGUUCAAAGUCCCCUCAGCUUUGAAGGAACACUCAUUUUUGAAAAAGUAUAAAUACGUGCCUAGAACCCGUGUGGUGAAAAACGCCCCACCCUCCUACUCCAUCAAAAAAGAAGAGGGCGAAGAAAGUGCCGAACCGAAAGUGAAGAGAGAAACACCACCGCUGUACAAUAUGGAGUUCGUUAUUUUGGGACAACCUGCGAGYGGAAAAGAAGAACUGAAACGACAAAUUGUGAAGUUGGGCGGUAAAGUUGUCACCAAAAUUAGUGGGACUGUGAUGGCUGUGUUUGCGUCAGAGGCUGAUGUUGAGAAAAUGGGGGCUAGAAUGAGUAUGGUUCAAGAGGAGCGAAUCCAGGUGGUUCCCGAGGAUUUCGUCGAUGAAGCGCCCCAACAUAGGGGGAAAAUCCCAGAACUGGUCGUUGCGAAAAGUAUCUGCGACUGGGGGUCAGAUCCUGCUACUCGCCUCCCACCUGAACCAUCCAGCAGCAAAUCGAAAUCUGGCAGCAUGUACACAAAGUCUAUGCCAAGCAAAGUGAAGAUGACCUUGAAAGGUGGCUCAGCUGUGGAUCCAGAUUCCGGUCUGGACCACAAAGCCCACGUUUACUCCACCGAGCAUAACAAAUACUUUGCUGUAUUGAGCAAAACGGAUAUACAAACUAACAAGAACAGUUUCUAUAAGCUGCAAUUGUUGGAGGCCGACCGCGGUGACAGAUACUGGGUGUUCCGGUCGUGGGGCCGCAUUGGUACCACCAUCGGUGGUAAUAAAUUGGAAGAGUUUAAUCAUCUCCAUGAUGCCUUACUCGAAUUUCAUAAACAGUAUGAGGAAAAAACCGGAAACAGGUGGGAGAGUCGGCACGAAUUCCAGAAAGUCCCCGGACUUUUUUGRCCCGUGGAUGUCGAUUAUGGGGAGGAUCAAAGUAAGAYUAUGGAUAUAACGGAGUCGGAGUCAACGUUGCCACUUCCUGUWCAAAACUUGAUUCGGACGAUUUUUGAUGUGAAAGCGAUGAAAAAACUCAUGCUGGAGUUUGAAUUAGAUACUGAGAAAAUGCCAUUGGGGAAAUUGAGUAAAAAACAGAUUUCGAAAGCUUUUGCCGUUCUGACUGAACUGCAACAACUCGUGGAGACAGGCGGAGCCGAGGCGAGAUUCGUAGAUGCCUCAAAUAGAUUCUACACUUUCAUUCCACACUCUUUUGGAGUGGAUAAUCCUCCAACUCUGAAAGAUUUAGAAACAAUUAAGAAGAAAAUUGAAAUGUUGGAUAGUUUGAUGGAACUGGAAAUUGCAUACAACUUGAUGAAAUCGAGCGGUGCAGAUCACACCGUCGACAGUUACUACCAACAGUUGAAUACCGAAAUUGAUGUUGUGAACACUGAUAGUGAAGAAUACAYAAUUAUACAAGAGUACGUGAAAAACACUCAUGCCGCCACUCACGGGGGCUAUUCCCUCGAUAUCAAAAACAUCUUCACUAUUAAACGUCAAGGCGAGGACAAGAGAUUCAAACCGUUUAAGAAACUGCACAACCACAAAUUAUUGUGGCACGGUUCCCGUACCACCAACUUUGCUGGGAUUUUGUCCCAAGGGUUGCGUAUUGCCCCACCGGAGGCUCCCGUUACAGGGUACAUGUUCGGUAAAGGUAUCUACUUUGCCGACAUGGUGUCUAAGUCUGCCAAUUACUGUUGUACUUCGCUUCAGAACCCUACUGGGUUGUUYCUGUUGUGUGAUGUGGCUUUGGGAAAUAUUUAUGAGAGYACCCAAGCUGAGUACGUGGAGAAGUUACCAAAAGGCAAACAUAGUACCAAAGGUUUAGGUCGAACUGAGCCUGAUCCUAAAGCAACCAAAACCCUUGAUGGAAUUGAAGUGCCUUUAGGUAAGGGRGUGACCAAUAAUGAAAUACGGUCAGCGUUGCUUUAUAACGAGUAUAUUGUCUACGAUGUGGCCCAAGUCAACGUUAAGUAUUUGGUUGAAGUUGACUUCAAGUAUAAAUACUAAAAUGUUCUUUCCUAUAUUUUUAAUGUUUACAAGUUUGGUUUACAAUAAAGUUAAGUUUAGAAUAAACAGUGUUACGGUUAA